GUCACGGCUCCUCCCCCAUGUUGAAUCGGACUUAACCCGGGUUGCUCAGCGGUCUGUCAACUCCUGGGCUCCCAGCAGGACGGCCGCGACACUCCACCCAAGGCGGCAACCCUAUUAGGAACGCGCAGGCCGCCCACUCAUUGUCCGACAUCCCCCCCCAACGCAGACGGAAUCCUCCUCCUACUGAUGAAAAGAACGUGAAAUCCUGAAAGGGGAAAGACCUCACUGCCUUUGCCAUCACCUCUGGAUAAAAGGCUGCUCACGCUGUACAGUCCCCCAAAAGUAUGGAGAAGGGAUCAGCACCGCCUAUGGACAUGGCACCCCCAUACCCCGGCCCCCCCCUCGCAGGCUACGAAGGCAUGGCUGCACCCCCUUACCCAGGGGUCCCGCCUGGGCCCCAGCCUGGCUACUACCAAGCAGGUCCCAGCCCUGGCAUGUACCCUCCUCAGUAUCCCGCCAACCCACCUGCCCCUCCUCCAACCCAAGUGGUUACCCAGGUGGUGGUGCUUGCCAAUGGCCUGACAGACGUACCGGGACAGACCACCUGCCCACACUGUCAGCAGCUGGUGGUCUCCAGGGCGGUGCACAGCUCUGGCCUGCUCACCUGGCUCAUCUGCGGUGGUCUCUGCAUCUUCGGCUGCUGGCCAUGCUGCCUCAUUCCCUUUUGUGUGGACAGCUGCAGGGAUGUGGAGCACUACUGCAGCAACUGCAACAGGCUCAUCUACAUCUACAAACGCAUGUAAAACGGCUAAUUGCAGUUACGCAUUUUUAGGCCUUUAGCCCCCCAAGCUUUUACUGUAAAAUUAGGUUUUUAUAUAUGCCCCCCCCCAUCUACAUGCCUGCAUGCCAUCGUGUCUUUCUGCUACUCUUCCUUUAAAGCCUUUACUGUAUAAACCUGAAUUUGAAAUGUUAAUCUUUCUUAAUAUUUUAUUAAAUAAUUACUAUACGAAAAACGAAAAAUGUUAA